CCCAGCGCGGGCCUGACGUCAGGCCCCAGGAAGGCGGGUCGGGCUGCCGGACUGAGUGGCCCACAGAGCUGCCCCGGGAGGUCUUCCAGGCUUAGGCUGUGCCGGCUCUGUCUCAAGCCACCGGACUAGGCGAAGGACCCCCGUGUGUGCCGGCCGCCACCAUGCCCUCCGCGUCUCCCGUGGGCUCCUGGGCCCCGGCGACCCCCAACGCCACGGUGGCGGAGGCCAACGGCAGCGUGCCGGAGAAGCCCCUGUUCCACGUGUUCGCCCGGCUGGACGAGGAGCUGCACGCCGCCUUCCCGGGCCUGUGGCUGGCGCUGAUGGCGGUGCACGGCCUCAUCUUCCUGGCGGGGCUGGUGCUCAACGGGCUGGCGCUGUACGUCUUCUGCUGCCGCACCCAGGCCAAGACGCCGUCGGUCAUCUACACCAUCAACCUGGUGGUGACCGACCUGCUGGUGGGCCUGUCCCUGCCCACGCGCUUCGCCGUCUUCUACGGCGCGCGCGGCUGCCUGCGAUGCGCCUUCCCGCACGUCGUCGGCUACUUCCUCAACAUGCACUGCUCCAUCCUUUUCCUCACCUGCAUCUGCGUGGACCGCUACCUGGCCAUCGUGCAGCCCGACGGCUCCCGCCGCUGCCGCCGGCUGGCCUGCGCCAGGGCCGUGUGCGCCUGCGUGUGGCUGGCCGCCGGCGCCGUGACCUUGUCGGUGCUGGGCGUGACGGCCGGGGGGCGGCCUUGCUGCCGCGUGCUGGCGCUGACCGUGCUGGAGUUCCUGCUGCCGCUGCUGGUCAUCAGCGUGUUCACCGGCCGCAUCGUGUGCGCCCUGUCGCGGCCGGGCCUCCUGCGCCAGGGCCGCCAGCGCCGCGUGCGGGCCAUGCAGCUCCUGCUCACGGUGCUCGUCAUCUUCCUCGUCUGCUUCACGCCCUUCCACGCCCGCCAGGUGGCUGUGGUGCUGUGGCCGGACGGGCCGCCCCGCGCCAGCCUCGUGGCCUACCACGUGGCCGUGACCCUCAGCAGCCUCAACAGCUGCCUGGACCCCAUCGUCUACUGCUUCGUCACCAGCGGCUUCCAGGCCACCGUCCAAGGCCUCUGCCGCCGCCACGGAGCCGGGUACGAGCCCAACAGCGGCAACAUGGUCAGCGCGCACAAGAGCUCCCGCGGCUCGGGCCACCAUCACAUCCUCAGCGCCGGCCCCAGCAUCUUCACCCAGGACCUGACCAACGGGCCUGACGCUUAGUCGGCGGGACCCUGCCAGGGCCCCAGAGGUCAGGACCAGGUGGGGCAGACUAGGUCCAGGCCAACGGAGACCUCGGCUCUGCCUGGGGGUGUGGGUGGGAGGGCCGACUGCAUUGCCCUGGAUUGAUUGGUGAUGGCUGCCCCGCACGCUGCCUGCGGAAGGGAUCUGAGGCCACACAGCUCCAAAGUCGGUUAGCAAUGUCUGCCUCGGGUUCCGCAGGGGAAGUGGUAGUCCAGACGCCGACGGCUUACCGUCCCGGGGGCACAGACCAUGGCGGGUGAAAACGCAGAGGCGCACCCCAGAGCUGCUUCUCUCCUGGCCCGUCCUCACCCUACAAGGGACUCCUCAGAAACAGGCACUAGGAAUCCCAAAGAGGUUCUGCUCCCACUGCUCUCGUCCCCUCCUCCGCAUGCCUGCCCCCCACAGAGAGAACAAGCACGGAAAGGGAAAGUCGGGGCACACGAGUGUCCCGUGAGCAGACGGGAGGCAUCCAAGUCUCUGGAAGUCCACCGCCCAGGGCCUCCGUGAACCGCACGGCAAGACAGCAUGACGGCCCUGGGGAGCUUCGCUGGAAGGGCUGUGACAUCUGGGCUGAGGCCUGCCCCCCCACAGCCCACAGAAGAGGGCCUGGGUCCUGCCCCUCUGGGGUGGGAGGGGGGAGGCAGCACGUACAGGGGCCACGGCUGGGCCACGGCCACAUCAGAGUCAAAACCCCAUCCCAUGUCCUGCCACACCCCUGCGCCAGCCCUUGGAGGCAACUCCAGUCCGCCCAAAGCCCCCACUCCAGGAAUGACCUCAGAAUACACUGCCUGCUGCCUCAGGAGGGCGGCAGGGCUUGUGGCCCCAUCCUAUGGAUGAGAAAACCAAGAGCAAAGACCUAGAGCAGCUCGGAGGCCUCCCAGCCCGAGGCUCCCAGCAGCCCACAUCCAGAGCCUUUACUCUCCUUCAGAGGCAAGGACCACUGGCCAGCUCCUGCCUGGCUCGCCGUUUCUCCCCUGCCUGUCCUGGGGAGGUAGCAUUUUUUUCUGGCUUGGGUCUCCGGCGCCUCCUCUAAGCUGCACUCCAGGAUUGCCUCCACAAACCUUCUAUGGAGCAGCCAAGCUCUCUGAGCCCUUUGUAGACUGCUGCAGGGUAGGGCCUCCUGGGGGAGAGGAGCCCUGGGCCUGAGUCAGGCCCCAUGCUGGCACUCGGCCACAGCCACUGAAGCAGGGUGAGAUGGAAUCCAGCCUCGGAUCUGCCCAGCCUUGCAAAGGAGAGUCCUAUGUGCUCAGUGGCUCCCGCCAGAGGCCUCCAUCCUCCAAGUUCAGGGCCCUGGAGGGAGGCCUGGGAGGCAGGAAGGCCAUUUAAGCCCCAUGCUACAGAUGAGAAAACUGAGUCUCAAAGAGGGAAAGGCCCAGCCAGGGUCGGAGAGAGCACCAGGUCCUCCAAGGUCAGCUCUGUCUUUGCCCGCCCCUGCAGGACAGGUUCCAGGCAUAGUAUGGGAGCCUCUCCCCGACCUUGCUCAGAGCAGGGCUAUGGCUCCCCAGGGACCCAGAGCCACAUGGGGCAGAGCAGGGACCUAUGAGCCCGUGGCAAGAGGGAUGCCAAGCCAAGGACCAGCACUACUGGUGGGGUUUCAGGCAAGGAAGCCCCCACGGAGCUCUGUUUGUCCCCAGCCCCACAUCGCACCAGGGCAGGCAUGCGGUGGAGGGGUGGAGGGGAGGGUCACUGAGCACCACCUGUGGGCUCUCUCCCGGGUGCUCAUUCUCAUUCACACUCAAGAGGGAGUGGCUGAGCCGAGGGCAGGGCCGUGUUUGGAGGUGGAGGAGUCGUGGUUCUCCUGGGACAAUCCCUUCCUCUAGGAGGGGGGUCCGUAAAGCAGGUGAGCCAGCGCGCAGAUCUGGGAAAUGGUGACCGGGACCCGGGUCUCUUCCCUUUGCUUCACAGCUGUUGUCUCGUUAGUCCCCGCCGCGUACAGACAGAAGAGCUGUGGGCAGCCCUGGGAUCCGGCAUCCAGGGAGGUGUCCGAGCCCCCUCCCCUUGUCCUCAGGCCUGAAAUCCCAUCAUCCAAGCUGGGUUUCUCAGGGGCUCCCAGGGCCCUGUGGGAACCUUCCACCACUCAAGCUGGACAGGUAGUCACCGGUCUUCUGCAGCUGGGACGGGAACCGGAGGCUGACCCCGCUCUUCCAAGAACUCAGCCUGACGGCCCCACAGAGCUCUCUCUAGGUGGGCCUCAGCUUCCCCAUCUCCCCUGCUCUCUCUCCCCUCCUUGGCCUGCAGCUGGCGGAGAAAGGGCUGAGGAACCCCCCCACCACCACAGCUCUCUCGAAGGCUUGAUCCCACCUCCUGACGUCUGGCUCCCUCCUACUCUGACCUCCUUGUAGGGACUGAGCCCCCAGGGGCCUCCAGAGGCCGACCCGGACUGUCCUUGUUCCCACAGGGGCCAGGGUGUGAGGUCUCUGGACCCCUCUCCCCGGCCUCCCUUCCCUGAUUUUCGGAAAGCCCAAGUGACGUGACAUGGUGUGUGUAUUUAUAUCUGAUGUAAACGAUCUCCUCACAAGAAGUCCUCGUCCUGAAUUAAAUCUGUUCCUUCCCUC